AUGGACGAGGAAAAUAGAGCAAACCUCACUCUAAUAAAUUUCCUGAAAGGUAUGAUUGGACCCGGAUGUUUUUCACUUCCGUUGGCAUUCCGAGAAGCUGGGCUUUGGGCUGGCUUCGUACUGGUUUUCAUUACUGGAACUCUGACAUGCGUCUGUAUGCUGAAGAUCGUUCGUUGUAGUCAGUUUCUGACAUCGCGAAAUCCAAAUGCUCAAUCGCUGAACUAUGCUGAAACGGCUGACGAAGCGUUCAAACAGAGUUUCCAGGUUAUCAGGAAUUACGGCCACAUAGCUAGGCGUUUCGUUAAUAUUUGUGUGUCAAGUCUCGUGCUUGGUAUAUGUGCGAUAUAUUACAUUUUUGUCGUUGAUCAUACAAAAGAGCAACUUUUGUCGGCCGAGCAUGUCCUCGACUCAUUGCCAGGCGUUACAGAUUUUCGUGGGAUUGUGUUCGCCACUGGUUCUGUGAUAUAUUCUUUUGAAGGGCAAGCUCUCGUGACAAUUAUGUAUGCGGCAUGCGGAUUUUUCGGCUACAUCACUUAUGGAGAAGAUGUGAGAGAGAGUAUUACGCUAAACAUGAACAGCGGCUAUGUAAGUUUCGGUGUGAAAGUGUUGUUGGUGUUGGUGGUCUACACAGGAUAUCUAAUCCAGCUCUACACGUUGACAACGAGCCUUCGACCGUCCGUGCUGCGAUUCAUCGACGGUCGUUCUGACAACCGUCGAAAAAUGACGCUCAUCAUUGAUCACGUGCUGAGAUGCGUUAUUGUGCUAUUAUCGUUUCUUCUCGCUGUACUCGUGCCAAAUCUGAAGAACCUGAUACCACUAGUUGGUGUAACAUCAGAUACCCAGUACGGAUUGGAACAACCUAUUCUCUCCAAUGAAGAAAUGGCUCAAAAGUUUUGGUGGCGAAAGCCUUAUGUUCUGCCUUCGUGCGUGGUGUUCCUUUAUCAACCUAAUCACACCAAAAUCAAUUACUGGCCUCGUUUAGUUCUUGCAGGUGUUCCCGAAUGCGAGUUUAGCCCAGAGUUAAUACGAAAAUAUAGCGUUUUUCUAUGUCAGACUCUGCGAAUUGCUUGUAGUGGAACAAAUGAAAGGUCUUGUGCUGACUCCGUAUGUCUCUGUUUUGCGGCGUUAGCGCGCCGCAUUGAGGCUGUCGAAGAUGUUGGCAUUCGACAUCAAGAGUUGCAGUUGCUUUUUCUCCAGUGUGCUCUUUGUCAUUUACUUCUUCCUCGAGAUCUUACCCUUCAUGCAAACACCGUGGGAGAAUAUCCAGCGAAAGACAUACUUUCUGCACUUCUUGGAAAGCCUUCUGCCAAAGUUAGUGAUUUUCUCGAGCUAAUUCCUGGAACAAUAUGUAGUGGACUGGAAACUAAUGGAAUCGUGUUAAAACGCAUUGGAGAACUUUGUUAUCUCAUUGAGGCGAAUCUGGAACGCUUCACAGUGCGAGCACUCCUUAGUACUUGGGAUAGUAUAGCAACAAUGCUGAGGAGAUAUAUCAAAGAAAUCGACGACAUCAAUGAAGGGAGUUUUCUGAAACCAGACUUUUCCACAACUUUCAACUUUUUAAGGUUACUUUUCCGAGCUGCUAACUUCGCAGACGAGGAGGUCGAUAUAGAUUUAAUAAAAAAGUGUUCAUCCACCUUUAACGGUCUUUACCUGGAAGUGCAAGGCACUGUGAGACAUGAAAUUGAUAACAAUGCUGAAACUGUGCUACAUGGAUCUUCUAUAGAGUUUAAUGCACUGGGAGAGGUAGCGACUUUUGUUAAACUGAUACAGAUAGUGAGCAACAAACUAAAAAGUAUGGCUCAUUCUGUCAAGAACGAGAAACCUUCACGUUUUUUAUUCGUUAGUUAUCUCUCCAUUCUUAAACUAUGUCAACAAUUGUUUGAUACGAUCGAAAAACCAAAUUUGAUUCGUAGCAUGUUCUUGACGCUGUCUGAAGUUCUAAGCCAAAUCCAUGCAAAUAUUUUGGACAGCAAAUUACCUGGGAAGGAUAUACGGGAAGAAGCGGCAGCUGUUUUUACUAGUAUCUUGGAGUCUGUACAGGAUAAAAUUUCGGGGCCAUACGACAGCGGACUUCUAUCUGGUUGCGAAGAAUUAUUGGUAAGGUUGCUGGGUAGAGGUGGCUACCUUUAUGCAAUGAUUAGUGUCACUGCAUGUAAGCUCUGGAUGAAGACUUUUGCUGAGGCCAAGUCACUGAACUACUCUACGAGGAUGAAGAAUGUAUUGUUACCACUUAUUAAUAGGCGAGUGAUUCACGCUCCUGGUUUAUCGAACCAGACGUACUCUAAUGGUAAAAUUGAUAACUAUACUGAUGAUGCAAUAUCUGCUGCUGACGGAAGGAUAGGUGAGGUAACUCCUCGUCGCAAAUCAACGCCACAUAGAAAGCGGCUAAACAUGGAUUCGCUGGACGACGAUUCGGUAGAAUACAUUCCUAUCACUUCGACCGAGUCUGCGAAAAAGAUGAAGCUAACUGAACGGCAACGUGAGAUGUUCAGCGAGAAGAGAGAACGAAUGCCGUUUCUUGACGAUGAUUCACAACAAUCAGCCGUUAUUGCUCAUUUGCCAGAGCAAUUUGACACGGAAUCCUCACAAGCUGUCUCCACUAACACGACUGAGUCGCGGGGAACCAACACAGCUGAAAAUAAGAAAAGUGACAGUUGUGUCAUGGUCGAAAACGGAGUCACUGGAUCCUUUCAAUGUAAUCCAGUGCAUAUGAAAGAGGAAUUUACGGCAGUGCAAACCGAUUGUAAAAGUCUCAGAAGGAUACCCAAUGUAAAACUCAACUUUGAUCAGGAGUUGGAGAAGUGGGAACUAUUGAAUGAAGAUGGUCAUGCAGUUAGCCACAACAGUGUAUUGGUUUUACGCGAAAUAGAAGAUGUUCUGAAUGUUAGGGAGCCGUUGAACACAAGUAUAGAGGAAAGUGAUACUAAUGAUAUUGACAGGGAUAUUUCGCGAACGCCAGAAAAGGAGUCCAGUGCUGCAAAGAAAAUGGAAGAUGUACUUGAACCAACGAUUGUUGAGAGAAUCAUCGGUACUCCUGGUAUAUUGAAAACGGUCAAAACUCCAUCUACUUCAGAGAGAAAGCCUCGAAGAGUUCACUUUGAUGAAGCUAUGGAAAACCGAUGUUCUGCUGUUAAACCAGUUGUAAAUGUGGAAGUUGGUGAAAUAGGAGUAGCUGAGGAACAAUUUCCUGCGUCGUCUGAAGCAACGUCAAAACAGUCCACACCGAGAAAGCCAUUUUCUCACCUGCAGCCGGCUAUUGCAGAGGAAUCAGUUGAAAUGUUGGCUACUGUUCAUGAUGCGGUGCCAUUGGUGAGAAGCGAAGUGGAGUUCACUUCUAGUGUUGAUAUUAAUGGUCCUAUAUUCCCUCUUCUAGCAGAUUCCGCUCGUAAGUCAUUAGAGGCGAGGGGGAUUGUUCAAAUCCGACAUCUUGCUGCAUUGACACGACAUGAGGUAUCGCUGUUGAACAUAAGAAAACCCCGCAUCGAGACAGCGAUUCGUGCUCUAUCUCAUUUUGCUCGCACCUAUACAAAAUCUGAUCCGACAUCAGUAGUUGAUAAGAAAUCAUUGUUCGAUGAGAAAGAAGCACCAUUGGUACCCCUGGAUGCAGUUGAAACGGGUUUGCCUGAGAAUGUUAUUAAUACUAUUUCUACGAAUUCCACCUCUGUCAGUGAAAAUUCUACUGUGGAUGCCGAAAAGAAAAUGGAUGAAACUACAAAGAACCUUGACGACCAUGUCCAGCAGGAGGAUGAACCCGCGGAAAUCAUUGAAAAGGAGACGGUUGAAGCGGAAAGUGUGGAUGCGAUUCAGCUGCUACGUACUGUACGGAGCAGUAUGAGAGGUCUACUUGAUAUCGUGGAUUGGUGGGAACAAGUGAUCUCCACCUAA